CAGCAGCCUUACCAUCUUCAUCAGAAGACGCGUAAUGGUGGUAGCGCGAUCGCGACGAGCAACGAGCGUCGUCGAUGCGCCGACCUGCGAGAUCGUUUCUCGACGUCGCGCCGUCACGUCGCCGAAAAGUAUUACGAUUGUCUGCAGUGCACGGAGCAGUGUCGUCACGCAACCGACAACAAUAAUCCUCCCAAUAACAGCGGCAACAACUACAAUAAUAAUAAUGACAAUGGCGCUGUCGCCAUCGCCCGGAUUCGCAGCAAUCAUCGUCUGCCCGUUUCGAAUUUGGCGUUGUAUCCCGAUGUAUCAACAUCUCCGCCCGAUGAAAUGAGAAAGAUUCGAGGCGCCAGAGAUAAUCUCGCCAGAGCAAAAUCUCUGGCGAGACAUCAAUCCACUCAUCUAACGCCGGUCAAGAAGAGAUCGUCGCUGGCGCGACCAGUUCGCGUCCAUGAUUCCUUUGUGCAACUCAGACGACCGAUGGCCGAGGAAGAUCCUUGUCACGACUCGCAGCGAGAGCAGCAGACGAGAUCGUGCAAGAACCCUUGGUGGUGGCAGGAGCGCUGCGAGCGUCAGGAGCCUAACGCGUCGACGAGUUAUGCCUAUCAUCGGGGCGAAAAUGUCGAGGACGGAAGCGCCGGUUGGCCUAUUCGCCUGCGACUCGAGCAGAUGUUGGAGCUGACGUUGCCGCAGACUAAACGGAAAAAGAAGAAGAAGAAAAAGAAAAAGGCGACAACGGCGACGGCGACGAUGCUGCUAAUGAAACAGCAGCAGCGUGGCAGACACAGCUGCAAAGAUACCGAAAGGCUCCUCAAGGUACUCAGCAUCAACAAUGUGGACCAAGAUAAUAGGUACAACGUCAAACGAUGUUCCGUCAUGUAGAGAUUAGAGUAAAAAGAAGAAAAAGCGUGUAACAGACUUCUUAGGAAACACCGUAGGACUCCGAUACGCUCGUAUCUGCAACUCCGCUUUCUGCGAAAAUCGAGGCUUCGAAUCUACUUAUGUAUUGUACUUCUGCCGUGUAAUAAUAAUUCUCGGUAAGUUUUAUUUUUUCUAUGAUUUAAAUUUUAUUUUUUACAAAAUGUGAGAAAAUGGGAAGUAUGGUAGAAAACAUUCUCUUCGUGCAUUUAAUCUUUUGUCUUUAUAUGUGAAAGUUGUUCAAAAAAUCGUCUUAUUAAUAUUCAAAUUAUUUCAAUUUGUACGCACUAAAUUAUUUUUAUAAUAGCAUCUAUAUGUAUAUAUGAGUGAGAUAAGAGCAUUUUUUCUUGUAAUGGUUUAUAAAGUUUAGAGAUUUAUCUAUCUCUUCAUUUUUAAUAAUUAUAUAUAUUUUAAUGAAUCUCGUAUCACAUCUUUAAUAUCAUUAUAAACGAGAAUUCGAAAUGCCAUUUUUCGAUAACCAUCGACCUCGAUAACGCACAGAGCACUUUUUAGAAACAGAAAUCGUUUCGUUUCCGUUUCAUUCUUCCCAGCCUUCUUCUCAAUUUAGAGAUAGAGAUCAUCUUCUCCUAGUUAUGUAUCCGAUCUACUAUUCCGACAUUUCGAAACACAAUAUCCCCCUUAUUGCUUUGAUCGGACGUUUUUACUUUUAUAAGACGAAGUGGUCAAUGUCACGAUUCAUUAAAAAAGAAAAAAAUGAUUCUAACGAUGUUUAAAAAAUCACUAUUGUUCAUUAUAUUACCAUGUUGCAUUUCGGUGUGAAGAGUACCGCAUCGUCGUUUCGUUUAAAUCGAGUGCACUUUAUGCAAAUAUAUUAUACGUAUAUAUUCGCGCGGAGCUAAUUAAUCAUUCGUAUCCGCGCAAAAAGCGAACCAAAAAAAUAUAUGUUAGAGAAAGGAGAAAGUAUAAACAGCCAAUUUCAUUCCACUAAACUGCCUGGGAUCAUCGCGGACGCUAAAUCGCGAGCUCCUUCCAAGUUUUGCGACAGCACCUUUCUCCGAAUUAUUUUUUAUAUCGAGAAAUUAAACCGACACUCCUCUAUAUUAUUCUUGUCGGGCGUGAAAGUUAUUUACAACGGCUUUUGCGAAUCGUCCAUUCGCGAUCGGAGGGACAGAUGGAUGAAGGAUGUAUAUCACAUUUGUGAUAUCCGAAAGUGAUAGUUUGAAGAAAAUUUUAAAUAUAGAAAUUAUCUCUUAUUGACCCGGUUAUAUGGAUAAUUUAUUUUCUAAAAGUUUUCUAAAAAUUUCUUUCGCUAACUUAUCGUUCAUUUUAAAGUCAUUAGUUUUUAGUUUAAUCAAUUAUAACAUCCCUGUAAUCUAAUUACGCGCACGUAAUUAAAUCAUCCAUUUAUGAACUAACUUUAGCUGAUAUCAUCGUAUUAUUAAAUUGAUAGCAUGUAUACGAUAGUAUGUACUGGAGCAGAUAUAAUACUUUACGUUUAUAAGAAUUAGUAGAGAAUUUUGUGAGAAUGUAAUAUAUUUCCUUCGUUCGCUUAGCUCUUCGAGUUGUCUCUUUAACAACAAUUAUCCAGAGAAGAGCAGCGAGUACCUACCUGUAACGGAUGUACACGCGUAAUCCAAGUGCCAUAUAUAGUGUCGCGACAGCCGAUUAAUUAAUGCCUAUAAAAAACCUAAGCAUUUGAAUGAACGUUCCAGUAUUAAAUAUAUGACGAACAAGGAUGCGGGAUUUGACAUAAUUUAACGAUUCGGGAUGCAUCUCCCCCUCGUUGUAUCGUAGAUAAACCCACAUGCAUAUAAGUAUAUAAAGCGAUCCCCUGUCCGCGAAUAAACGUCACGAGGAAGAAGAGAUCGAUUCGUAUGAGUUCACUGCGCGUUAAAA